GAGAGAGAGAGAGAGAGAGAGAGAGAUGAAACUAAUGGCUUUAUAUAAGAGUGGUCCUAAUCCAUCAUUAUUCUCCUAUCCCUGUAGAUUUAUGCAAUGGCAUAAUCCAAGCCUGUCAAUCACAGAGGGUUGCACACUGUCUAUAUUUAGAAAGUACCAUGUUGGAAUUAAAUGCCAGUAAUUCUUGUUUUUUUUUCUUAUCUGUUUUGGAUAUGUGUGUAUGAGAUGAGAGGGGCAGAGAGAGUGAGUGAGAGACAUUUUAGGACAGACAAGCACAUUGUCACAGGAGGUAUGUUCUGUGCUGCCAUAAUUGAUCUUUAAUCCUCCUCCCUUAGUAAUCAAAUGUUACGAGCCCCUUUAUCUAUCAGACAAACUGGGUCCAAAGCUGCAGUUUUUCUCCAGAACAGAAAGGGUUGAUGGGAUCUCUAGAAUGUUUGGAUGAUUGAUACAUGACUGUUUGUUAAAGCCUGUAACAUUGAGGUGCUUGUCUGUGUGUGGCCUUCAGUUCAUAUUUCUGGUUUGUUCAGCGGAAUGCAUCUGCUGCUGUUUAUUUCAUUCUGCCUCAGUCUCUGCUCCUCUGUGCUGAGUGCAGCAGUAGAACCUCCAUGUAGCGUUGUAUACAGGGGCUUUGCCGAUUGCCUGGUUACUCUGGGUGACAGUGUGAGCUCGAAGACUGAUAACUCACAAGACAUCAACUCUAUUUGCAAGUCAUGGGAUGCUUUCCAGGUGUGUGUGAGUGAUGUGCUCUCAGGUUGCCGUGGUGAUGCAGCAAAGAUUUGGGAAUCUUUAAGAGCAGAGUCUCGGAAAACAGCAUUUGCUGGGAAUCUCUAUGACAUGUGCGCUAGACGUACAGAGGCUGUCACCGCAACCACUCCUCAGGGUCUUCCCAGCACUGAUCAAACCAAUCAGGAGUCACUCAAAGGAUUUGCUCAUUCUGGCAAGCACUCGCCGAGCACAGAGCUGCUGCUAACAUGCUUCACUCUUCUCCUGCUGCUUUCAUUAAACUGGACUGAUGCUAUUGUCCAAUGAU